GGUACGCAAAUUUGCCCGUUCCAAAAAUGGUGUUUAUUUUCACAAAAAUUGUGAUAUUUAUCCAGAAGGCACGUAUAUAUUUCUAUAACGCAGCAGGAAUAUUCAGAUAAUUUUGACAAAUUCCAUUUGCUCAAAUCAAUUUUUUUUACUGGAAGUCUUGAAAAUGUUGGGGAUUUAAGAUUUAAGCCAAGAAAUUUGAAAAAAGUAGUUUGAAUUUCAUCAACGCCUCAAAAGCUUCGAGAUGAAUCUGCGGGCACCGGGAAAACUAUCUCUGAGGGAUAAAAUUUUCAGUCGUUUAACAAAUCUUGAAGUGAGCCGGAACUAUUACCAGGAAGCGGUAUUUCCGGAAGGAAAUGCAGAAUUGAGUCAAACACCAAGAAACUUGGAAAAUGAUGUCCAUGACGACGACGACGUUUGUUCCACCAGCAGUGGAAGCAGUGUCGACGAUCAUCUUGUGACCUCAGACCAGAUCGAUUUAAAUUCCCAGUUUUUCAGCCAAAAAUUUACCGAUAAAACUACUUUGGAGCAACCUGUAAUUGGAAACGACUCAAAAAUGAGUAGCGAAGACGAGAAAUCAGAAUGUGAUCCUGAUGAACGGGAGAGGAUCGAGAUGAUGUUGUCCCAGUUGGCCAGCUAUUCUCAGAGCUGUCAGCAAUCUGAACCGAUGUUGGACAGUUGCAAAAAAGAAAGUAUGGAAAAUCGAGAAGAAUUGGAACUAGGUGGAGAAGAGGAAUGGAUCCCACUUGAUGUCCCUGACGAUGAUAAUGAGCUUGGGGACGUAGAAGUUAUCAUUAAUCAGCAAGUUAAUACGAAUGGUAAAAUAGUUGAUGUUGCUGCUCAAUUAAAGCGGUUAAUUUGCACGGAGAAAAGAGAAAAACGAUUGGUUUUGCACCAGGUUCAUCUGCUUUGUCUCUUAGGACAUGGUUUUUACUUGAAUCGAGUUAUUCAAAAAAUUAUGAUAGAAAAACAUGAAGAGAUCAUGGAUCUCUUACUAUGUGCUAAUUUUAAAAAAGUACCUGAACAAAUUGAUUAUCAAUUUGUCAAAACGAUUUGUGAUAUUUAUAGAAUUAAAAUGAUAAAUAACAAGUUUGAAAAGGAAACAUUUAGGGAUACCAAAGAUAUGGUAACCAAAAGCAAAAUUAUGUUGCUUAUUGCUGUUCUACGAUUUCUAGCUAUUGAAACGAGGCUCGUUAUGUUUUUGGACGUUAUAUCUAAAAACUUACCUUCGAACGAUAAAGUUCAUGGCAAAAUGCAAAAAUUGCUAAAGAAAGCAGAUGAAGGUAGUCAAUUUUCUAUGCAACCUUGUGAUAGAUAUCCGGAUGUGCCUCUCACUACAACCGAGAUUUUGAAAAGGAAGCCUGAGUUUGCAAAUUUCGCUCAUAUACCUCAAAUGGAUGGUACUGACGAUAUUCCUUCAGAGGGAAAACGUCCUCGCUUGAAUAGAUUAACAGAAUCAAAGUCCAACCUUUGGAAGCUAAAAGUUCAGAAGCUUCCAGAUCGCAUUGCUGGUGGCAAAACAAAAUCUAAAACAAAGAGCAAAAACACAUCACCAUUCUUUAGCUCAAAAAGCGAGAGCCACACAAAACUGAAUACGGAAACAAUUUCGACCUGGAUUGAAAUAUUCUUACCCUUAGAAAAUCGAUGGAGCGUCUUGGAUCCCACCAGUUUUGAACUAGAUCAGCCUGAUGCUGUCAUCUCACAACUUCCAUCACCGACACCAGGAUACAUUUUCGCUUGGGACAACGAUCACCUUUUGCGAGAUGUAAGCCCCCGCUAUUGGUGGCACAACGAGAUGGCCUCCCGAAGGCAGCGUGCACCCGAAAAAUGGUUGCGAGCUCUUCUGGAUCGCUUCGACGGGCAAAAACGGAUACGUCGUCGGUUGAUUUAUGAUUUGGCAGAUAGAAGGGAAUUUCGAAUGCUUCGAUUAAGAGCACCAAUUCCAGAUAAAGUUUCCGAGUUUAAAAAUCACCCAUCGUACUGUCUGAAACGGGAUUUGCUCAAAUUUCAAGGAAUCUACCCACCGGAUGCUCCUCCGCUCGGAUUCUACCAUGGCGAAGCGAUUUACGCCCGCGAAUGCGUUCACACGUUACACUCGCGCGAAGUUUGGUUACGCCACGCGAAGGUGAUUCGAAUAGGCGAGCACCCCUAUAAGGUGGUUUGGUCCAAGCUUAAACGCGAAAAGACCGAACUGGAACUGUUUGGCCGGUGGCAAACGGAGGAAUACAUCCCUCCGGAACCCGUGGACGGUCGGGUGCCCCGCAAUGCUUUCGGAAACAUCGAACUCUUUAAGGCUUGCAUGCUACCCAAAGGAACGGUGCAUUUAAAAUUGCCGAAUGUUUCGAAAAUCUGCCGCAAAUUAAAUGUAGAUUACGCCGUGGCAGUUGUAGGAUUCGGUGUUCAUGCAGGGGGUAAUCACCCUGUGUUUGAUGGAAUUGUUAUUUGUAAAGAAUUUGAGAACGUGGUUCUGGAAAAUUAUAAACGUGAACAGUUGGAACAGGAAAAAAGGAAACAUGAACAGAGACAGUGUCGAAUCUACGGAAACUGGAAAAAGUUGAUCAAAGAUGGAUGAUACUCGCCCUAUCCCUCCUUUCCGAUGCGAGGAAAUAAAACGGAACCAACUUGCCAAAGAAUGGAAAAGCUGGAAGACGUCUCUCGAAAUUUAUUUCGAUGCGUAUGAAAUUUCC